CUCCAACCUCUGUUAUUCUUUUAUCUAUUACUAAAGCUGAACUGUUUUCUGGCCACUUAUAUUUUGGCCUCGACUCUCGAAAUGUCGAAUUUUGAGCCGAAUGCUGUUAUCCGCGGCUUCCAGCUGACCGUGGUUGGCACUGUUCGUGCCUUAAUAAAUCCAAGGCUGUUCAAAUACGAUCAUUUCCGACAGGCAGCUCUUGCCAUAGGCAUUGGGAUCAUCAUCCAACUUAUCAUCCAGAUCCCGAUUGUCGCAGUCAGGUUGCUCAUCUGGACCAGCUCAUGGGUUGUUAAUCUGGAGGAUGCCACCUGGGAUGACAGUCUUCUCAGUGGCUUUGACUUCCUGAACAAGUCCGUCUUGCAGGUCCCAUUCCUGCUCAUGACGUUACUGAGAUACAUCACUCCCACUCUCGAUGAAAUCUUCAUGGAAUCCUUAAACUGGGUUGAUACUACCUAUGUCCAGAAGCAUAAGACCGACGACCCCAAAACUCUGCGCGCCAUGUACUAUCCAAAUCUAGUCCAAUAUUCGACCAAAGUCGAAAAGGGCCAGUCCAAGCCGGUCUUGGAAGCUCUUGUGGCAUUCGCCAAGAGAUAUGGACGCAAGGUUGGCAUGCUUUUAGGAAUCUAUCUCGCCUCUCUCACACCUGUCGUGGGCCGCUUCGUGAUGCCCGCAGCCUCGUUCUAUACCUUCCGCAAUGCGGUUGGAACUACGCCGGCUGCCGCCAUUUUUGGGUCCGGAAUCAUCCUUCCCAAGCACUAUCUCGUCACUUUCCUACACAGUUAUUUUGCUUCUCGCAGUUUGAUGCGAGAAUUGCUCGAACCAUACUUCUCCCGUGUUCGAUUCACCUCUGAGCAAAAGCGCCGCUGGUUCAAGGAUCGCGAAGGGGUUCUAUUUGGCUUCGCGUUUGCGUUCACAUUUGUCCUGAAAAUCCCCAUCAUCGGAGUCCUCAUGUAUGGCGUAGCCGAGGCUUCCACCGCGUAUCUUGUCACCAAAAUCACCGACCCGCCACCCAGUCCCGCUCAAAGCGAAGGCUUCGCAGAAACCCAAGUUAUGUGGAAGAAUAAGCACGACUUCCUGGAGUUGUCCCUUGAUAAGCUUGACAAACUGAACGUGGCCGCCCAUGAGCAGGACACACCAAAGCCCGAGACCCCCGGGCGGAAAUUCGCCUAGACUCGUCUACUGCUCUAAAAGCCUGUUUCCCAAUCCAGCUGCCUGUUCCGGCAUUGACUACAAUUGCCGGUUUUGAUAACACUCUUGAUAGUAGACGAUAGCAUAAUAAAAAUAAAUGAUUGGUACGAAGAUGAGGGGAAGGCGUAUCUGGUGAGGGGCACGUAGUAUCUACCGUACUUAUACUACCUCAGACGUCCCAGCCUGCACUUCCUACAAUUCUCCGUCAAAAUUCAUCAAGAGUAAACCAUUAUGGGCAUCAAAGGCAUCCGAACCGCUCUCAAAGUAGACCUGGACAAACCUGCUCGGGAACAAAAGGGUCUUCAC